CAAACACAAAAUACUUAAUCCUAACCUUUUGCUCGAUUCAAGAUGGCGUUAGGAGACGAGGUUGUUGUCGCCGGUGAACCAGAAGAACAGGAGGCAGAUGCUCCUGAGGAGGAAGAAGAGGAAGAUUUAGUGGAUCCUCAAGGAGUACUUAGAGAUGAGUGUAUCGAAAAAAAUGCCAAAUGUCAGGAACUAAAGGAUAUCCUCGACAAGUGCAAUGAAAGGGUAGCUGUAAAUCCUGCAAUUGAGGAGGAAACAUGCGAGGAGGAAUUGAUAGAUUUUGUGCAUUGUGUAGACCACUGUGUUUCGAAGUCCCUAUUUAGCAAGUUAGUGUGAUUCGAGACCAAUUAUUACUAGUAUGUUAAGCUUUUAGUUGAACACUGUGUUGUCAAAGUUCUAAAUGAUUGUGGAUUGCGUUUCCAAGAAGACCAAGUGAUAUCCUGUGUUGGACUCAUCUAAAAGACCAUCUUUGACAUUGAUUCCAUGUUGGAUAUAUAUUUCUUUCUGUAUGGACUAUUAAAUUUAUUUGAAAAGUAUGGAAAAUAAAUUUGUCAUUCUUUCA